AAGCCACAAACAUUCUACCAAAACUCAACCACUUCUUAAUCAAUUCAAGAAGCAGUUGGUGAUUGGGUCAAUAACUCAAUUAGGUCUCAGUUUUUUUUAUUUAUAAAUAUGGUAUAUUCCCAGUUCAAAUAUGAGAUGUUCUGCAAUUUCCAUUUCUUGUUUUUUUUUUUUUUUUUUGGUAUUUUAAAUAAAAAUGUAUUUAUAUAUGACUGUUAUUAAACACAACUGGCUUCAUACGUGGGAUGUUGAAAACCAACAAAGACGUGCCCUCCUCAAAGAAAACAAGGGCCAUGACAGAUUGACAAGGCUGGGGUAAGAGUCUAAAAUUCUAGAGAUCAUCAUUUAUCGCAAGACCGGGUCUUCUGCUUCCACACAAGAAACCCAAAGCAAAUACAAUGAGAGAAAAAAAAAAAAAAAAAAAGAAAAAAAAAGAAAAAGAAAAAAGAAAAACAGAACCAGAAACAGAAACCAGAUACGAAAAUUGAGAAAAAGAUUCAGCACCAGCUAUUACAGUUUUUUAUAAAACAAUAAACCCGUAAUCUAUUAUUUUCUUUUCCUGCCAUUUAUUCCCAUUUCUUUCCCUGCCCCUGGUUUUAAUCAUGCAAUCCAAUUUCAUCUCUCUUGCACAGAGCAGAGAGAAAUCCAGGAGGCAUUGUCUCUAAUUAUUAAUAAUAAUCAGAGCCACUCAAGCUCCAGGAGGAGGAGGCCAUGCAAAUAAUCUCCUGGAAAAUCCCAAUUGCUGUAACAUCAUCACACCAUGCACAGAAUUUGAUCAGGGACUUGAAAGGGACAUAAACAAUAAAAGAAAAAAAAUGGGAGAGUCGCCGGAGAAGAAAUCAGGCUGUGGCAUAUUGAGUGCUGUUUUUGGGAGAAAUAGUUUUUGGCCAAGAAGAACAACUUCUACAGGUUCUCUUCCUGUGGCCAAUAAUAACAAUGCCACAUUUGUCAAAACACCGAGCACUCCAAAUUCGAAACGGCGGCGUGGUGGCUCUGAUGAGGCUUCCUUCCUUGAUUCAUCAACCAAUCCAUCAGAUGCUCCGCCAUCAAAACCUAUCACAAAGUCUUCCCAAUAUAGUAACAGGGCACCUCCUAUACAACAACAGCAACAGCAACAGCUGCAGCAAAAUAUUCAUGGUAGAAAUGGUAGGCCACCUCAAGAAGCUGCAGCACAAGCAGGUCCAAUGGUUUCCUCAUCAGCCCCAAGCAAAAUGGCCCCAAGCCAAGGUUAUGUGAACCAAGGCAAAAGGGUGCCAAAGGAGGCAGUUGGUAUAUCUGGUGAGCUUGAUAGCAUGAUUGCUGAUCAUCAAAAAUCAAAAGGGAGCAAUACACUUGUAAGGGCUUCCUCCAGCAACGUCAUGCUUUUUGGCAAUUUGGGUAAUUUGAGACAACCUGGUGGAGGUGGAGGUGGAGGUGGUGGAAAUGCAAACUCAAAUAAUGUUCUUGAUUAUCUUCCAAAGACAGCAAGAGAAGAAAUCCCAAUGACGAAUAAUGUAAAUGUGGGAAAGAUGAGUGCUGCUAAAGAAGAGAAGAGACAGAGUAUCACAGAACCGCCUGCUUCCUUAUGCCGGGCAUUGUCGACUAGAAUGGACCCCGAAACUUUGAAGAUCAUGGGCAAUGAAGAUUACAAAAAUGGGAGGUUUGCAGAGGCUUUGGCUUUAUAUGAUGCUGCAAUUUCUAUUGACCCCAAUAAGGCUUCUUAUAGGAGCAACAAGAGUGCUGCAUUAACCGCUCUAGGUCAACUUCUCGAGGCAGUUUUCGAGUGCAGGGAAGCCAUUCGGAUUGAGCCCCAGUAUCACAGGGCUCAUCAUCGUCUGGCAACAUUAUAUUUUAGGUUAGGGGAAGCAGAUAAAGCUUUGUAUCACUACAAACAUUCUGGGCCAGAGGCUGAUCAAGAGGACCUUGCUAAAGUAAAAUCUCUUCAGGCCCUUCUGAACAAGUGCACCGAGGCUCGUAGGUUAAGAGAUUGGAACACCCUCAUAAAGGCAUCUGAAAGCGUUAUAUUAGCUGGUGCAGAUUCAGCACCACAGAUAUAUGCUUUGCAAGCUGAGGCCUUACUGAAGCUCAAUAGGCACCAAGAAGCAGAUGAAGCACUAUCCAGGGGUCCAAAUUUUGAAGUAGAUGCCUGCUCUAAAUUUUUCGGUCCUAUUGGUAAUGCGAACUUGUUAGCAACACGGGCUCAGGUGGAUAUGGUUGCUGGCAGAUUGGAUGAUGCAUUGGAGGCAGCUCAACGAGCAUCCCGUCUUGACUCAAACAACAGGGAAGCAAACAUGGUGGCGAGGAAGGCUCGAGCUGUUACGGUAUCUCGAUCAAAAGGCAAUGAGCUUUUCAAGACAGCAAGAUUCUCAGAGGCAUGCGUUGCCUAUGGGGAGGGACUUGAGCACGACCCUUACAAUUCGGUGUUGUUAUGCAACCGUGGUGCUUGUUGGUCAAAACUUGGUCAAUUAGAUAAAGCAAUUGAGGACUGUACAGCCGCCCUUAAUGUGCGCCCAUCUUACAGCAAGGCUAGAUUAAGAAGAGCAGAUUGCAAUGCCAAGUUGGAAAAAUGGGAAGCUUCAAUACAAGACUACGAGAUUUUGCUUAAGGAAACACCCGAGGACGAGGAGGUAAGCCGCGCUUUGUCUGAGGCCCGGCAACAGCUCAAGAAAUUGUGAGGUGAGGCAUAGCCAGAGAGACCUUAGAGAUGGAGAAUGGAAACAAGCCAAUGCAGUAUAAUUAGGAGGCUGUUAGGAAAGAAGCUGCCCUUCCGCAGUUGUAUGGCUCUUGGAGCUCCAGAGCAGAAACACAAAAGUUCAAGUUGGAGAGGCAAAAGUAGAUGAAUUUUCAAAGAGGAGAUUGAAGGUGGCAACUGAUAUAACGUAACACAAAUACAUGACCCAAUUUUUCUUUUUAUGUGUAGUUGUAUUUGUGCAAUUCUUUCUGGGAAAUGUAUUUGAUACUGCUUAUAAAAAAAUGUGAAAAUAUAUUUGGAACAAAUAUUGAAUUCUUUGUUUCUGCAAGCCGUAAUGUUGUUCGACCGUGUGCUAGAUUUAGAGAUUUAA